UCCCUCUCUCAACCGAUCUCAAAAGCCUCAAAAGUUACUUUAGAGAGAGAACAAUGUCACAGGCAUUGCAAUAAUUCAUCUCUCUUUUCAUGCAUGUUCCUCUCCUCUCUAUCUCCUGCCUCUGAGCUCUCCACUCAUAAUCACAGCGAGAGAUCAAAGUGAGCUACUCAGAAAUUUGCAUCCACUGUGUUGCUUGCUUGUACAGACAGCAUUUAAGAAGGAAUUUCAGCAAUGUCUAGCUCAACUAAAAUUUUAGAUCCUGCCUUUCAGGGAGUGGGUCUAAAAUCAGGAACUGAAAUAUGGAGGAUCGAGAAUUUUCAGCCAGUUCCUUUGCCUAAAUCCGAAUAUGGGAAAUUCUACAUGGGUGAUUCGUAUCUCAUAUUGCAGACAACUCAAGCAAAAGGAGGCACUUACUUUUAUGAUAUACACUUCUGGAUUGGAAAGGACACAAGUCAGGAUGAGGCUGGAACAGCAGCCAUCAAAACUGUUGAACUUGAUGCUGCUCUUGGAGGACGUGCAGUGCAGCACAGGGAAAUCCAAGGCCAUGAAUCCGACAAGUUCUUGUCAUACUUUAAACCAUGUAUCAUACCAUUAGAGGGGGGUGUUGCUUCUGGAUUUAGAAAACCUGAAGAAGAAGAGUUUGAAACACGAUUGUACAUAUGCAAGGGAAAGCGAGUUGUCAGGAUGAAACAGGUACCUUUCGCACGUUCGUCACUCAAUCAUGAUGAUGUUUUUAUCCUAGACACUCAGAACAAAAUUUAUCAGUUCAAUGGUGCAAAUUCCAAUAUUCAAGAGAGAGCUAAGGCUUUGGAAGUAAUUCAGUUUCUGAAGGAAAAGUAUCACGAAGGGAAGUGUGACGUUGCAAUUGUUGAUGAUGGCAGGUUGGACACUGAGUCAGACUCUGGUGAAUUUUGGGUCCUCUUUGGUGGUUUUGCUCCCAUUGGAAAGAAGGUUAUCUGUGAGGAUGACAUAAUUCCGGAGGCCAUUCCAGCUCAACUUUAUAACAUUGUUGAUGGCGAGGUCAACCCCGUAGAAGGUGAAUUGUCUAAAUCACUAUUGGAGAACAAGAAAUGCUAUAUACUGGACUGUGGGGCAGAGGUAUUUCUUUGGGUUGGCCGGGUAACACAAGUUGAAGAAAGAAAAUCAGCCUGUCAAGCAGUUGAGGAGUUUGUUGUGAGUCACAACAGGCCAAAAUCGACGAAGAUAACCAGAGUAAUUCAAGGUUUUGAGACACAUGAGUUCAAAUCCAACUUCGAUUCUUGGCCAACAGGAACUGCUACUACGGGUGCUGAGGAAGGAAGGGGAAAAGUUGCAGCUUUGGUGAAGCAACAAGGCAUGGGCAUCAAAGGAAUGGCCAAAAACACAGCUGUAAAUGAGGAAAUUCCUCAUCUACUCGAAGGAGGUGGAAAGUUGGAGGUAUGGCGGAUUGAUGGAGGUGAUAAGGAUCCAUUACCUAAGGGGGAUAUAGGUAAAUUUUACAGCGGGGAUUGCUACAUGGUACUGUACACCUACCACGGUGGUGAGAGGAAGGAAGACUACUUUUUGUGCUGUUGGUUAGGGAAAGACAGCGUUGAGGAAGAUCAAAGGAUGGCAAGUCAGUUGGCCAACACAAUGUUCAAUUCCCUCAAGGGUAGACCUGUUCAGGGUCGCAUAUUUGAAGGCAAAGAGCCACCGCAGUUUGUUGCUCUUUUUCAGCCUAUGGUGGUCCUUAAGGGAGGUUUGAGCUCUUCUUACAAACAAUUAAUGGCUGACGAAGGAUUGGCAGACGAGACAUAUACAGCAGAGUGUAUUGCCCUCAUUCAAGCUUCUGGAACUUCGAAUUAUAAUAAAGCGGUGCAAGUUGAUGCAGUGGCAACAUCACUAAAUUCUACUGAGUGUUUCCUCCUGCAAUCGGGCUCAACAAUCUACCUUUGGCAUGGAAAUCAAUCUUCUUUUGAGCAGCAGCAGGUGGCUGCAAAAGUUGCAGACUUUUUGAAGCCAGGAGUUGCUUUAAAACAUGCUAAAGAAGGAACAGAAAGCUCAGCCUUCUGGUCUGCACUGGGAGGAAAACAAAGUUAUAUCAGCAAAAAAGUCACUAAUGACACCGUCAGGGAUCCACAUUUGUUCACUUUCUCGCUUAACAAAGGAAAGUUCCAGGUUGAGGAGAUUUACAACUUCUCCCAAGAUGAUCUGUUAACUGAGGAUAUGCUCAUCCUUGAUACGCAUGGGGAAGUGUUUAUUUGGGUUGGUCAGACUGUUAACCCAAAAGAGAGGCAAAGUGCCUUCGAAAUUGGCCAGAAAUAUAUAGAGUUGGCUGCAUCUUUAGAGGGACUCUCUCCUCAAGUGCCACUGUAUAAAGUCACGGAAGGGAACGAACCAUGCUUCUUCACAGCAUACUUUUCAUGGGAUCAUGCGAAAGCUACUGUUCAAGGAAACUCAUUCCAGAAAAAGGUGACCCUACUAUUUGGGGUUGGCCUUGCUGUGGAGGAAAAGUCUGACGGAUCUGGUCCAAGACAAAGAGCAGAAGCCUUAGCCGCCUUAAACUCUGCUUUUAAUUCAUCUUCCGAGAAAACACCCAUUACGUCACAGGAUAGGUUGUAUGAAUUAAAUCAUGGAGGACCAAGACAGAGAGCAGAAGCUUUAGCGGCCUUAAAUUCUGCUUUUAGUUCAUCAUCGGGUUCUAAAGCUAUUGCCCCUAAACCUUCUGCAACAAGUCAAGGAUCACAAAGAGCAGCCGCGGUAGCUGCUCUUUCAUCAGUUCUCACUGCUGAAAAGAAGCAAUCACCUGAUUCUACACCAGUUGGUAGUCCUCUUGCAGGAAACAUCACCCCGUUGCCAGAAGGUAAGAGUGAAAAUGCCCGUGCUGAGACUGGAGGUCUUGAAGAAGUCGAAGAUGCCAAGGAGCCAGAGGAAGAAACUGUUGGCGAUGGGGAUUCCGAACCAAAACAGGAAAACUUGGACGAUGAUAUUUUAAGUCCAAGUAGUCAUGUGACAUACAGUUAUGAUCAACUGAAGACUCUCUCUGAUAAUCCUGUGUCUGGAAUUGACUUUAAACGGAGAGAGGCUUAUCUGUCAGAUGACGAUUUCCUAUCUGUAUUCGGAAUGACAAAAGAAGCAUUUUAUGAAAUGCCAAAGUGGAAACAAGACAUGCUGAAAAAGAAGCAGGGCUUGUUUUAGACUGUGAUGUAUCUGGCUGCUUUUGCAUCCUCAAAUCCAUUUAUCUGUUGGAUUUUUAUAGGCACACCAUCCUCGGGAUUGCCGCGCAUAAAUUUUGUUGUUGGCAAAAGGAGCCGGGCCGUGGCCAGUGCCGUAAUUACUUGUGACGCGGCUUGGCGAGUGAUUUUGAUUGCUCCUUUUAUGUUGCUGCUACCUAUAUGUAGUAAUGCUCACGUAUUGUAGCAGUUAAGUUAGUGAACAGGGCCAAUUCUUUCAUUUGCUCUAGUUCGUAUUAUUAUAUAGUCCUUGACCUCUUUCAUGUUGUCAUUGAUUAGGUUGGUGGAUGUAUAUGCAUUGCAUUUUAUAUGAAUCUCAAUGCAGAGAAUGAAAUUUUGUUUGUUAUGGUU